GACAGUUGUAAACAAAUGUCAAACAUGGUUAUUCCAGUUAAGCAAUUCGUAGCUUUUAUUUAUUUCUAGAUAUUCUUCACAGUAACGUGUGGUUUUCUUGUUUAUGACAAUCUAAUAAUUUAUAUUCGAUUAAGAAGCUUUAGUAUUUCGUUAAGUGUAUGAAUAGCUCGCGAUGGGAGUAACCGGUCUGUGGAAGUUGGUUGAACAGUCGGGAAAACCGGUCCCGCUGGAGACACUUGAAAAUAAAGUUCUCGCCGUGGGUAUGUUAACACACAUAAGAACGAUCACAAUUUGUUUGCUAUAUAGUUUUCUCCAUUUUUCAGACAUUUCCAUUUGGCUACAUCAGGUCAUCAAAGGAUUUCAGGACUCGAAGGGUAGUUCACUGCCUAACGCUCAUGUUUUGGGUCUGUUCCAUCGGCUUUGUAAAUUAUUGUACUACCGGAUAAAGCCGGUGUUCGUUUUCGACGGUGGAGCUCCAGCACUAAAGAAACAAACUAUCGCAAAACGGAACCAAAGUAAAAGCAAGUAUCACAAUGAAGCAGAUCGAAUACAGCAGUUGCUUUUGGAGACGUUGGCCAAGGAAAAAGUCGUCCAACAAGCCUUGGGGUCGGCUACAAACUUGUUGGUUUCGCCUUCGAAAAAAGCUGGCAAUAACAGCAAAGACCCGGGCGAACCGGACGAAAUGUUCAAGCUUCCUCCACUCAAAGAAGAUUCUCCCUUCAAGAAGGCUGAGAGUAGUGACUCCGAUCUGAAUGAUAGUGGCAGCUCGUGGGACGAGAAGAGUUCGAGAAACUAUUACCACUUGAAUUUGAAUGCAAUCGAUGUUUCCAGCGUUCAUUUCAAGAACCUUCCGGCGGAUGUCCGCCAUGACAUUCUGACAGACAUCAAGGAAACCCGCAAGGAAUCUUCUUGGGGACGCCUGCAUGAGCUCCCCGUAGAGAGUAACAAUUUCUCGUCCUUUCAGAUGAAACGCUUGUUGAAGCGACGCCAAGUUCAGGUUGAGCUGGAAGAGGCUGAAAAAGAGAUGGGAGGAAAAUGCCUCUCGUUGGCAGAACUUGAAUCGCUGCUUUCCGAAGAAGGAAUAGAUACGUCCUCAAGCAAGGCAGCACAGAAGAUAGCCUCGGAUGAGAAUACACGGUUCCUGCUGGUCAGAGACGUACAGAAGGCUAUCCAAAACGCUAAGGCGAGAGAGGAGGCCGAAAAGAAUGCACCGAAACCACCGAAGCUUUCCAAGGUGGAAAUCAAGAAGUCGGACAGCCAGGAGGAGGCAAUAGAGGUGCUGGACGACAAGGAUAUGGAUAUGGAAUUGCAGCUCGCGAUACAAAUGUCUUUGAUGCAGGAUCAGGAUCCAAAUGCAAUUAUCGAACUUGAGUCGGAGGAGGUUCGUAUGUCUAGGCAGCAGAAGCAGACCCUAGGGAGUGCCGCCAUGAGUUUGGCUCGUUCUUACAUGCUGGAAUACGGUGGCAUGUCAAGCGAUGAUAUUCAGAAUUUACUCCACCAGACUCAGGAUGUUGACGAAGGAGAUGUCGAGCAGUCCUUCUCGCAAAUGUUUGAGUACAAUCAGCCGGUAGUGGAAGCGACGAAAGAGCCCGAGGAGAAAAAGUCGCAAGAGGUGGAAAUUGCGUCGGAAGAGAAAAAGCCACAGGAGGUAGAAAUUACUUCCGAUACAGAUUCGGAUUCUGAUUUUAUCGAUGUACCAACGGAUGAUCUGAAUGAAUCGUUGCCCGGAGUAAUACUCCCGCUGAAUCCCAACAACCACAUGAAACCACUUUACAGCACCGUUGUGGAUUUUACAUUGGAGGAUUUGAAACUGAAUAAAGACAGCAAAAAGGUUGUUGAAGUCGUUAUUGACGAAAGGAAGCUGGGAACUAGAGACGAGGAGGAUAUUUUUGCGGAUGUUUUUGGGCCAUCUAAUCAUAGCGAAACACUGAAUGUAGAACCUCGGAGUCCAGCAAAUAUUAUUUCCGCCAAACCACUUCCAAAUGUGAAGGUGAAGCAAUCCGAAGCACAAGAUUCUGUGGUUCCAAGAUCGUUCGGCAUCAAAAUAAAGAAUGUAGAAGAUAUCAAUGCCAAACUAAAAGAAGAACUGGAAAGACUGAAGACAGCACCCCUUGAAUUUAACCUUGGUGAUCUUACAAUUCCUCCUACUUUGGGCGACAAAAUCAAUGAAAGUAAUUGUAACUCUAAUACAUCCAAAGCUGCGGAUGAGCGUGAUAACAUUGAAAAAGGUCCUAUCAUAACGAGUGUAGAUAAAAAGUCUUCCAAAGAAAAAGCUAAAACCGAAGAACCUGAAUUGAUUCAUGAUCAUAUAAAGAACCAACUCGAGCAACUAAAAUCUGCUAAUUCAGUUAUAAACUUGGACGAUAUAACGUUAGACAAUUCCUUAAUAGUUGACAGUAGUGACCAGAGCGAUAAACCCAUCAUAAUCGGGUCGGAUGCGGAAGAUAGCGAUGCGACUGUUGGUUACUCGCCAAUGAAGGAAGUUCAAAAGAUUCUCAGUGCUUCCGAACAAGUGACGAAGCAAACGACGGAUUCCACUUCGGAUCCACUGACGCCCACGAAAGGGACACCGGAACACCUUGUGGUUGCUCGGACUCCCGGUAGCGAUUCCAAGAAAUCCGAACCGGAAGAUUUACCGAAUGUACCGAAACCAUUUUUCGUCAACAAAACACCGACCUCUUCUGGCAAGAAAAAAUUUUCCUGUCAAGAGGGUAGUGCUGGGCACAGUCCUACCAAAGUAUCGAAACAAUUAUUUCCGGAGCCAUCGACAAGCAAAGCUCCAACGAACGAGGAUGAUGCCGAGCAACUGAUCACCGACAUGGCCGAUGCGUUGAAGGACACCGCAACUCCUUUGGAGCUGAAAAGAAUGGCUCUCAGCUUGGCCCAGGAGGAACGCGAGCUGGAGAAGGAGAAAAACCGUCAGAGUCGGCUGGGAACAUCCAUCACCGAACAGAUGCAGAAUGAUUGCAUGCAGCUGUUGAAACUGUUCGGAGUGCCAUUCAUUGUGGCCCCGAUGGAGGCGGAAGCGCAGUGCGCCUUCCUGAACCAGAUCGAACUGACGGAUGGGACGAUAACGGACGAUAGUGAUAUCUGGUUGUUUGGUGGGAAAACAGUGUAUAAAAAUUUCUUCAACCAGCAAAAGCUGGUUCUCGAGUUCACGAUAGAAAACAUGGAACGGUUGUUCCAGAUGGAUAGGAAGAAGCUAAUUCAAUUGGCUCUGCUGGUUGGGAGUGACUAUACAACAGGUAUCAACGGAGUCGGAGCCGUAACCGCGCUGGAGAUUCUCGCUUCCUUUCCGACAACACCGGUGAAGGAGGGAGAAACUUCCGAAAUGAUGUCUCUGCUGUCUGGUUUGCGUAAAUUCCGAGACUGGUGGAAUCACGGUCGGAAUAAAUCCGUCGGGACUCGCAUAACGCUGAAAUCGAAGCUGAAAAAUAUUGAGUUCAGCGAAGGUUUCCCGAGUGCGGGGGUGGUGGAAGCCUACCUCUACCCAACGGUGGACGGAAGCAGCGAUGCUUUCAGCUGGGGUUACCCGGAUGCUGGGAGCUUGCGCGAUUUCGCCAAGCAGAAAUUUGGCUGGACACAAUCUAAAACGGAUGAUAUUUUGCUGCCUGUGCUGAGGCGUUUGGAUGAGCGAAAAUCUCAGGCUUCGAUCAAAGAUUUUUUCAAAGUCCAAAGUGCCGUGGCGCAUAAUCAAGUAAAGGUAAGCAAGAGAGUACAGCAGGCAGUGAACGUAAUGGCAGGGAAGGUAACAGUUGAUGAGAAUAGGACCCCAAAGAAACGUGUAACGCAAAAGAAGAAGCUGACUGAUUCGUCUGUUGAUCAAAGCGGCGAUGUUGUACCUAAAAAGACCAGAGGACGCAAAAAGGCGGGUUCAAGUGAACCCACUGAAAUGAUGUCAAACAUAACAAAACCAGAUCCUUCUGCACCAUCCACGUCGUUAUCGAAUAUUUCUAGUAUUAUUUCGAGAAUAAAUGAUCAGUCGGCGGAAAAAAUUGACGAUAACCGCGAGAAGAAAAGAACGAUCAAACCUAGAAUACCGGAUCCGAAUCCAGUAAUCCCGCAGCGUGUACAAGACGAGACAGAUAUGGCAAAUCGAAAGCAGCGCGCAAUCGAACUAUACAAAAAGUCCCAGAGUGAGGGGAAAGGCAAGAGAACUCGGAAGUAACCCUUACACUAUUCCAAUUUAACGAAUCAUUGUUGUGGUUGAAUAAAUAGUUACACAUGAAAAAA